GACAGCUGACUGACACUCAUGCGCCUCUGGUGGCAGGGAAUGGAAGUAUCAACAAGUGAGUAGAAUUGUGGCGGGAUGAUGUAUAAAUGAAAACAGAGUGGAAAAAAUAACAAUGGCUUUGCAGAGUCAGCAGGGUGAAAUUGACGAAGAUUUUGUUUUCACAGCCCGUCUAGACAGCGUGAAGAAUCUCGUAAUGCUACUGAGAGCCAUCCAUUUCAAAGAUCAUGCAAUAAUAUUUAUGACUGACAGAGGACUCAAAGUUAGUGUCGAGGAUAGCAAGUGUGUACAGUUGAGCGCAUUUAUACAGGCAGAAGUAUUCGAGGAAUAUACGUUGACGGAAGAACAAGUUGUAUUGAAAAUCAAUCUAGCAAUCCUAAUUGAAUGCCUUAAUAUAUUUGGAAGUCAUAAUACAGCUUUGAAGAUGUCGUAUAGGAAAUACGGAUUCCCUCUGACCCUUCUAUUAGAAGAGGAUGGAGUUGUGACAGAUUGUAGUAUUCGUACACAGGAACCAGAAGAAAUGUUGGAUUUUGAUAUUGAAAAUGCACAUGUACUAAACAAAGUGAUAGCUAGAGCUGAAAACAUGAAAGAUGUUCUAACUGAAUUGGACUCGACUAGUGAAUUUGUUGAACUUUUAUUGUCACCUGAUCCUCCCUACUUCCGUCUUGCUACAACUGGUAAUGCGGGUGAUACAAAGGUUGACAUUUCCAAGGAUAGUGACAUGAUUGAAUCUUUCAACUGCACCACAACUACUGUUUCAAGGUACAGGUAUUCUUUCAUCAAGUCUCUGCUGAAACCAUUGACUGUCUCCCGUAAAGUCUCGGUUCGAAUAGAUGAUCGUGGGCUCCUCUGUUUGCAGUAUAUGGUUCCUGCAGACAAAUAUACUUGUUUCAUUGAGUACUUCUGUACACCUAUUGCAGAAGCUGAUGAUGACUGAAUAAUUUCCAACUGAUUACAAGUGGCUCAACACAUCUGACGAAGCAUUUCCAGCAACAUUUAUUGGAACUAACAGUGCAAGCUACAAAGGACUUAUGAGGUGAAGGAGUGUGGAGAGACUGGGUUGGGGGCGGGUGGAGCAUAUCUCAAAAACUGUGGUUGAUAUGUUCUAUGUGCUACACAGAGACUGUAAUGAUACACUAAUGUUUGCUAAAACUGUUACAUAAAUGGCGAAACUGGAGGUGCCAGUGAAGAAAAUACCACAGAAAAUGUGACUUCUGAAUAUAUGUAAAAUGGAUUAAAAUUCUUUAAAGAGCAGACAGCAAAGCUCUCACCACAUCAUUACCGAACACUGUGGAAGGGGCUGCUAAUUUUUACAUAAAGAUGAGUAGACUGUGAAGGAUACUGCUGGACAGCAUUAGAAAAGAUAGUGAAGUUGAUUUUUUAAUGCCACAUAGAUAUCAUCUAUAUCAAAAGAAAACUAAAAUCUGUAUCUUUGAUUAAAGCAUUGUCCUCUGAAUAAUUGUAACAUGCUAUGCACAAUGGACAGCACUUCUGUGUAUACUGUUGCAGAAUGCAAGUAGGCAUAAAAAAUUGGCAUACAGAGACAACUAAGACUCAGAUUUAUACCCACCAUAUAGUAAAGAUUUGCUGGCUUAACAAAAAAAAAAAAAAAAAAAAAUCCAGAAGUUUCUGUGAACUGAGGUACCAUUUGAGUGCUACUUUGGUGCAUUGCAGAGAUGAAGUUAGUUUCAUUUGAAAAUUGCAGUUAAUGUGUGAUUUUUGGUAGUAGUUCAAGGACUUUAAUUAAAGGGUGAACAGGAAAAAUAAAUUCAUGCACCCUUCACUGUAGAUGGAUCAAUCUUCAAGAAGUGCAACUGCAAGUAGUUAAUGACUCUUCCUAAGGACAACAGACAGACACAAAAAUAGAUACACUUUUAGCAGCUGCUAAAAGAACAUUUUACAGUUACCUUAGAAUUUUCUUCUACUUAUUAUUCUACUACAGUGUUGGUCAUAAUUUGUGAAUGUUAAACUAGGAAAAAAUAACAACUUUAGAUGCUGAAGAAGAGAAAGUUGUGCUGUGCCGGUUGUGCAAUAAAAUUAUCGGAGGAUAGACUACCUAAUAUAGCAUUCUUUUGAGAAAUGGAUGGAAUAUAACCAAGAGGAAGGUUCAGAAGCAGAUGGUGGCACAGCAUCUAAGAUGAUCAAGCAAGAAUGAAUAUCACCAGCAAAUGGACAGUCAGUGCAUUAGACAGAAAAUAAAUGAUUGAGGCAUAUGAUCAGUAAGACACCUUUCAUAUAAAAGAUGACAAUAAACAGCAUUAAAUGAAGUCACUGUGUAGGAAAUUUUUCAAAAGAAGGUGUUGUUAUAGUCGGGGGGGGGGGGGGGGG